CACGAACGGCACACGCGAAUCGGUGGUCCGGAAAGUUUUACCAAUUUCUUCAUCACGGGACGACUGGGAUAGCGCAAACAAGAGAGGGAUAUAGAGAGCGCGCGCACAACCGAGAGACAGGCAUCCGUGAAGUGUUUUCACCAUUGAUGAAGAAAAGUGCCUGAAAAUAGGUGAUAGUGCGUGCGUGUAAACUAGGACAUGUUACACAUCGUGGCUAACUCGAGGGCACCGGGACAACGUUCGAUUCGGUUGACGAUACUGACCAUCGGUUGUCAGCACGUGCGGAUGGGAAAUAUGGUUACGACUGUUCAGUACAUGUGAGCGGGAAAAGUUUCGGGCGUUAUGAAAUCCAAUUGAUUUGCCUUUGGAAAAUUGUAUAGCAAUGGGUUCAUGAACAGCCUCAACGAGUUGCAAGUGGGAGAUAGCAAUAUAAGAAGGGGCACAGGGCUACGUGCGGGGGUAACAAAAUAACAGCAGUACAACCACCACAACCUAAUUCCGCAAAAUAGAAGGGCGAAGUGCUGCAAAACAACAAAAAAAAACAGCAAAACCAAGACCAAAACAGCCAGUGCAAUAAAUUCAAAUGAGUACAUCCAAACUUCGUGGGAAAUCAGCAAUUCAUAUCAAUGAUAGCGUAAUCAACACUAAUCCAAAUAAUUCGCAUAAUACAUUGCUCAAAAUCGAAUCCGUUGUGCCAAAAUUGACAACUCGCGGAAAUAAUUCGAAUAAUUUCACCCACUCAUCUCGAUUGAAGACUUUUCAUCGAUCUCACAGUACGCUAAGCACAUCUUAUUUGAAAAAAGUCGGUGAAAAACGAGUAUUCGUACCACGAGAAGCAGCAGGUGACCGUGGCAGGGAGUCACCAAGGGACCAACAACGAAAUGAACCGCAACCGGAUGGUUCCGUACUGAUUCAAAAUGGAGUUACUACCAUAAAACGUUCGGAAAAGGACCGGGAUAAGCAUCCUGAUCGUGUCAACCUUGAUCGCAAAGGCCUCAGUUCGAUUCCCAUUAUAGACGAUGAGCCAAACCUUAGGCUUUUAUCACUUCAGCAUAACCUCAUCAAUACCUUUCAUAUACCCGCAGAAACUGAUACUAACAACAAUGAAACAAAAGCAUCCACAUUAUCGCCAUCCUCGAUGCAAAACUCACCCAAGACGUCCCCUACCGAGUUACAGACGAGCGGUACGAAUAAUACCAGCAACAUUACAGCUAAAGAUAGCCCCUCCUCCAGUCCUACCAGCAUCACUGCCGCAACAGCUAACAAUACUCAGUACAGUACCAAUCGUAAUCCGAAACAACUCCUACGGCAGAAAUCCACCUCGCGCAGUCAGCUGUAUCUGAACAGUAAUAAUCUGAACUACUUAGCCGGCAAAGUUACCUUAAGCGCUAAACCCCUCAACGGACAGCCCCCAGCAUGUGCCACAAGUCCUACCAACGCGUUUCUCCAGAAACCCUCUUCCAUUUUGCUGAGCGCUCAACAUCGCAACAUGCUGAAGAGAUCCAAUAGUUUCAUAAGUAAUGCCGCCUUAUUCCCUUCGCCUGCAGCACACCAGCAGCAACCUGCAAACGUGAUCAAGCUAAAAAGUAAACUGCUUCUUGCGCCUUCCUUUAGCAUCGAUAACCUAAAUAGCGCCAACGAAACGACUGCCGUCCAUGAAUCCACCACAAACAACAGUAACAACAACAGUGGUAAAACAACGCCUACCAAUGCACCUCCUCCAGCGAACGGGGUAAACCACUUUGCCAAUCCACAGACACACAUUUCACCAAUACUUUCAGCAGCAGAACCUAAAUACAACCUACAAAAUCUGGUUUUCCUUGAUCUGUACGACAACCAGAUCGAGAAAAUAUCCUGUCUCGAUGGCCUUAAAUGUCUCACUGUACUACUUCUGGGCAAAAAUCGAAUCACCGAUAUCAGCGGACUCACAUCGUUGCGCCAAACCCUUCGAGUGUUGGACCUUCAUGGCAACAAAAUAUCCACCAUUUCGUCAAAAAUUAAUCAACUCCAAGAACUAAAAUCCCUAAACCUAGCCGGUAACCAACUCCGUCAGAUCCAUAGCAAUGACUUCAACGGGCUAGUAAAUCUGAAAGAGCUCAAUCUGAAGCGGAACCGUAUCAAGAAGAUCCACGGAUUCGAUGACCUGCGGAGUCUCGAACGACUAUGGCUUUGCCAUAAUGACCUGCAGUGCGUAGAAGACAUGGCUGCCAUUGCCAAAGCAAUCAAUCUCAAGGAGGUCACCAUCGAAAACAAUCCUGUUUCAUUAGCCGGAGACUGUGUAUCGUUUUUGGUGAGUUACCUACCCGGUUUGGUAUCGCUCAGUCAAAUGCAAAUUACGGAACAGGUACGUCGAGCCGCCUCCGCAUGGCGUAAGAACAAAGAACUAUCCGACAUGAACUAUUCAAAUCUUUCGACGGACGUAUGUCAAAGCAUAAGACGGGAGGAAAUCAUUUCUAACGCGCGCACGAACUGGGAAUUGCUGAGGUCACAACAAUCAACCGCGUGCCGGAAUGUUCAACGCACAGCAAUAGUCGCUAAAGAUGUCGAGAUGGAUCUGAAUAACAGUAAUCUUUCGGACAUUAAUCGGAAUGGCAAACCUAAAAAACAACCAGCCAAUACUAACGGUAAUACAACAGUCAACAAUCAGCGAACUCCAAGGGUAGCGACGAAAAAGCCGCCUCCAUGCAAAAAACUCGUACGUUCAUCAUCACAGGAUAAUUCAGGAUCACAACUGUCUGAACAAGGAGGAGAAGAUUACUUUCGACUGCCACCAAUUCUUGCACCAUUCCUUGAACAGAGUCCACCAACUAUUGCCUCGACUAAUAAAAUAGAAUCAUCCGAAUCGAGCAGUGGACAAAAUCAUGACUCCAGUGUUUCCAGUGUUCUAAGUUCCGAUAACGAAGAGCUGAAUGUCAAAGAAAUCGAAAAAGACGUAGAAAUCGAUAAUCCGGCAGUAGACGAAAUAAUUCAGGCGCCAUCAAAAACAAUCGAAUCCUCUUCAAUUAUUGAGCAGUCUAAUGAACAUCAUAUAAAACCACAAGAAAAUGGGAACAACAAUUCGGAUUCCGGAAGGGGAACGUCUGAGACUUCUUCGAGCACCAAUUUGUUGGAUGAGUUAAAUAACGACAAAGUGUCCACUCUAUCCACGGUGUCCAACAAAACAACUUCCGAUUCGAUUAUAACAACAUCCUCUAUCUCAGAGAAUGAUUCAAACCGGGCAACGAUAUCGCAAAAACCAAAGCCGGUAGGCCCAAUGAAAAGACACGGAAUGGGAACGCUAGUUCGAACAAACACUACCCGAAGUAACACAGUUAUGAACAAUGUCAACAGUUUAGCAAAUACAUCGAACUUGGCCAGCUCUCCAACAGUAAACUCCAACUCAUCCAUCACCGGGGCUCCUAGUGUGCCGAUCAAUAUCACUACCAAUAGCAAUUACGUGCCACCUUCCAAAUCAAAGCUGAACGAGCGCGAACGAGAGCAGGGAGGUGACUAUCUUAUUGAAAUCUGCGGACGUUACCUGAACGUGUACGGGAUGGGUGCCCUGAGGUUUAUCGACAAGCAGUGGAACAUGACGAAAGCCUCCGAUGUGCACACGGUCAAGUUCAGUUACAUCAACUUCAACAGCAUCACAGCGAUUCUCUGCCGGAUAAAGAUCCGCUUCGUGAACGCUGAAAACUUCAUCUUUCGUGAAACGAACAUCACCUGUCUGGGCCAAAUCAACGCACUUGCCGAAAGUCAAGGGAUAGCUUCGUUGACCAUCGACCCGGAAGGAAAUCCAAUCACCAGCAAACCUUGGCGCAACUAUGCCAUCUAUCGACUGUCCCAUUGGGGCCUCAAACAAAUCAACAGCAUUGAAAUUACCGAGGAAGAGGUACAAGAAGCAGAAAAUAUGUACGCCGGGCUUUCUGACUUGGUUCUUUGGUCCUUGCCGGAAGGUCUGCUGCAGCCUCUUUUGCAACGACUGAGACUGGAGGAAACUGCACAUGCCACAAAAAUGACCGCCAAGGAGUGGCUAAUGCAAGCUGAUUCCUCACUAAAGAACAUUGUUGGAAAGGAGGCUCUCCAGUGGAAGAAGCACAGCACAAGUCAGGAUGAUGCCGUGAUGCGUGCCAAGGGAAAGGCGUAUUUCGCACGUAUGCUUGAUAACACCUGCAAUGCGGUCGACAAACUGCAACAGCUCGAACACACGUGGCCCACGCUGUUGAUGGAGCUAAUACGAAACACUCUUAUUGACUACUCGCAGAUUGAUGUCUACGUGCGAAAUAUGAUGUUAGACCUGCUGAAAUGAUGUACUGCCGCUGGAAGAUUAUGUCUUUCCAGCUCAACUGCCGCUAUUACCAAUACUGCUAUCACUACUAAUGCAUCAAACCCAGCAACUAGCAAAAGGGUUCUAGUUCUCCGAAGAAUUAAGCAACGAUGCGAGAAACAUUGAACCGCCUUUUGUGGCGUGUCGUAUCUUGUGUUCAGUCAGAUGUUAAUGGAUACCGAGUGAUUUGAAAACGUAUGUCCAAGCGCCGUUACGAUUUCAAAUUUGUAUUCUUCCGAAUAUAUUUAUACUUUAUCCAUGAGUAUUUUAUUUUGCUAGAUUUUUCGUAGAACAGGAAGGUUGCUAUAGAGAAACGUAAAGUGAUAAUAGAAACAUCAGUAGUAGCAGUUUUGUUUUUAUUGCCUUAUUGGUUUGAUAAGCAAAGCUAGCGAAUUUCCCUCGUCUUACACAGUUCGUUUACGACUUGUACAAACUACGAAUAUGAUUUGAAAUAGCAAUAAAUAAAUA